AAUGCUCAAGCAAUAGUAUACAAUUGUUUUUCUCUCUCACUCUCUUUCUUUUUUCUGUGUUAAUCUUUAGGUAUAUUCGGGAUCUUCUUCUCAAUCCUCCGGCUUAUGAGAUUGCAUUGACGAUUCAAGCUACAUGCAAACUCAUGAGCAAAGUGAAGUGCUCAAUUCCGGAGUUUACUUGUGUUUCAUCUGCAAAGCUGGUGAAGCUACUUGAGCAGAGGGAGGCCAAUCAUGUGGAGUUCUGCAGAAUUAAAAGUGUUCUUGAUGAAAUAUUGCACAUGUAUAAGCAACCGGAGCUCAAUGAAAUUUUGAGAUCAUUGAUGGACCCUACAUGGGUGGCAACUGGCUUGAAAAUUGAUUUUGAGAAAUUAGUUGAGGAAUGUGAAUGGGCUUCAGGUAGGAUAGGCGAAAUGAUCAUUGUAGAUGAUGAUAGUGAUCAAAAACUAAGCUCCUAUGAUAAUAUUCCAAAUGAAUUUUUUGAGGAUAUGGAGUCCUCGUGGAAAGGCCGUGUGAAGAGGAUUCAUAUAGAGGAAGAAUUUCUAGCUGUAGAACAGGCAGCUGGAGCCUUAUCUUUAGCAGUGCAUGAGGAUUUUCUCCCUAUUAUUUCAAGAAUAAGGGCCAUGACAGCACCACUUGGUGGCCCAAAGGGAGAAAUAUUAUAUGCCCGAGAGCAUGAGGCUGUUUGGUUCAAGGGAAAACGGUUUGCCCCAUCAGUAUGGGCAGGUACUCCUGGGGAAGAACAAAUUAAGCAACUUAGACCAGCUUUGGAUUCAAAAGGUAGAAAGGUCGGAGAGGAAUGGUUUAGCACUGUGAAAGUGGAGGAUGCUUUAAUGAGGUACCAUGAGGCAAGUGAAAAGGUAAAAGCAAGAGCAUUGGAGCUGUUGAGAGGACUUUCGACUGAGUUGCAAACUAAGAUCAAUAUUCUUGUUUUUGCUUCCAUGCUGCUUGUCAUUGCAAAAGCGUUAUUUUCUCAUGUGAGUGAGGGAAGAAGAAGGAAAUGGGUUUUUCCUACCCUUGCAGGGUUCAGUUUGUCUGAGGAUGCAAAAUUAUUAGAAGAAACCAGGAUGAAGAUAAUUGGCUUAUCACCUUACUGGUUUGAUGAAGCAGAAGGCAGUGCUGUGCAUAACACAGUCGAUAUGCAAUCAUUAUUUCUUUUAACAGGACCUAAUGGGGGUGGUAAAUCAAGUUUUCUUCGAUCAAUUUGUGCUGUUUCAUUACUUGGAAUAUGUGGAUUUAUGGUUCCUGCCAAGUCAGCCUUGAUUCCCCCCUUUGAUUCUAUCAUGCUUCACAUGAAAUCAUAUGAUAGUCCCGCUGAUGGAAAAAGCUCGUUUCAGGUAGAGAUGUCCGAGAUUCGAUCUAUUAUCACUCAAGUGUCUUCAAGAAGCCUUGUACUUGUGGAUGAAAUUUGCAGAGGGACAGAAACAGCAAAGGGGACAUGUAUUGCUGGUAGCAUUGUUGAGACUCUUGAUAAAAUUGGUUGUCUGGGUAUUGUAUCCACACACCUGCAUGGAAUUUUUGAUUUGCCUCUUACUGUCCAGAAUGUGGCACAUAAAGCCAUGGGAACGGAGUAUGUUGAUGGACAUACCAAGCCAACUUGGAAAUUGAUAGAUGGGAUUUGCAAAGAAAGCCUCGCAUUUGAAACAGCUAAAAAGGAAGGCAUUUCUGAGGUGAUAAUCCAAAGAGCUGAAGACCUUUACAUGUCAGUUUAUGGGAAAGAAGCAUUUUCUGGAAGAAUCCGUACAGUGGAAAGUACAAGUGUUUGUGGCAGUGAUAAGACCCUUCUCUUAAGUAGAACCAGAGCUGGAUCUGUCUGCCAGGAGACUGAAUCAAACACAGCCAAAACCUUACAGGAGAUAGAGAAUGCAAUAACCAUGAUAUGUCAAAAGAAGAUGGUUGAGCUUUACAAACUUGAAAAAAUGUCAGAACCUGCUGCUGUACACUGUUUUGCAAUUGCUGCCAGGGAACAACCACCUCCAUCGACAAUAGGUGCUUCUUGUGUAUAUGUAAUGUUGAGACCUGACAAGCGGCUAUAUGUUGGACAGAGUGAUGACCUUGAGGGCCGAGUUCGUGCACAUCGAUCAAAGGAAGGGAUGCAGAGUGCCGCUUUCCUUUAUUUUGUGGUUCCCGGCAAGAGCAUGGCCUGCCAACUGGAAACUCUCCUCAUCAACCAACUCCCUUAUCAAGGCUACCUGCUAGCCAACUUAGCUGAUGGUAAGCAUAGGAACUUUGGCACAUCCAACCUAUCAGUGGAUGUUAUGAGUGUUCAUUAAUUCCCCUGUAACAGUUAACCCUAUUUACCUAGAGGUUGAAGAAACCAAAACGGGCUACCAUCCUCAUAAUUUUUAACAUGUAUAUAAUUCUUAGGUGAGUAGUAGUUAGUUAGUAAAUUUAAAUAUCAAGUGAAGCAGCAAUUUUGUUUUCGAUGUCGUUGCUCCGAUACAGUGUUUCAGCAGAAGGCAAAACUUGUUGUCCAUGUAAAUUAAGUUGUAUUUGUUUUAUAAUCAUUGGCAUAAUCAAGCUCUAUCUGUAAAUCCCACCUGCGUGUUUAUACAGCAAA